CAUAUGCCUCCGUCAGGGGCAAAGCACAUCCUGCAGCCUGCUGCUUUGCUUAAAACCCAAACCCAAAGCCCCUGACGAGUAUCCAUCGCCACCACCAUGGCCAUGGCCUUGGCUCCGCCGCCGCUCCUCCUCCCGUUGCUCCUCCUCCCUCUUCUCUCCACCGCCGCGCCCACCACGACGCUCCCUCUAUACCGCCACCUCCCGCACGUCGCCGAGACCGCGCACCACCACCCGCUCUCCCGCCUGGCCGCCGCAUCGCUCGCCCGCGCCUCGCACCUCAGGCGCGCCCACCACAAACAGGGGCAACCUGGUACCGCCUCCGCCACCGCGCUCUACCCGCACUCGUACGGCGGCUACGCCUUCACCGCCUCCCUCGGCACGCCGCCGCAGCCGCUACCCGUCCUCCUCGACACCGGCAGCCACCUCACCUGGGUGCCCUGCACCUCCAACUACCAGUGCCGCAACUGCCCCACCGCCGCCGUCCCCACCUUCCACCCCAGGAACUCGUCCUCCUCCCGCCUCAUCGGCUGCCGCAACCCCUCCUGCCUCUGGGUCCACUCCGCCGCGCGCCUCGCCGCCGCCGGCACCAACUGCACCGCCGCCGCCGUCUGCCCGCCCUACGCCGUCGUCUACGGCUCGGGCUCCACCGCCGGCCUCCUCAUCGCCGACACGCUCCGCGCGCCUGGCCGCGCCGUCAGGAACUUCGUCGUCGGAUGCAGCCUUGUGUCCGUGCACCAGCCGCCGUCGGGCCUCGCGGGCUUCGGCCGCGGCGCGCCGUCCGUGCCCGCGCAGCUCAGGCUCAACAAGUUCUCCUACUGCCUCCUCUCCCGCCGCUUCGACGACGACGCCGCAGUCAGCGGCUCGCUGGUCCUCGGCGGCGCCAGAGCCGGCGGGAUGCAGUACGUCCCGCUGGUCAAGAGCCCGGCCGGCGACAAGCAGCCGUACGCCGUGUACUACUACCUGGCCCUGACCGGCGUGACGGUGGGCGGGAAGGCCGUGCGGCUGCCGGAGCGGGCCUUCUCCGCCAACGCCGCAGGAGCGGGAGGCGCCAUCGUGGACUCCGGCACCACGUUCACGUACCUGGACCCGACCGUGUUCCAACCGGUGGCGGAGGCCGUGAUCGCGGCGGUGGGCGGGAGGUACAAGCGGUCCAAGGAGGCGGAGGACGGGCUGGGCCUGCGCCCCUGCUUCGCGCGGCCGCAGGGCGCCAAGUCCAUGGCGCUGCCGGAGCUGUCGCUCCACUUCAAGGGCGGCGCCGAGAUGCAGCUCCCGCUGGAGAACUACUUCGUGGUUGCCGGGCGCGCUCCCGUGCCCGCUGGUCCGGGCGCCGCAGACGCCGAGGCCAUCUGCCUCGCCGUGGUCUCCGACUUGGGUGGCGCGGGAGACGACGUGGGCGGCGGCGGCCCGGCCAUUAUUCUGGGGAGCUUCCAGCAGCAGAACUACUACGUGGAGUACGACCUGGAGAAGGAGAGGCUGGGGUUCCGGCGGCAGCCGUGCGCCGCGUCGUCGUCGUGAGCCAGCGAGCUCGCGUCGUCGUCCAUGAAUUGAUUGCUUACCCCACCUCCACGUACUGUUUGUUGCUAAUGACAAAGGUGUUUGCUUUCUUUUUUUGUGUGCUCGAUCGGGUUGUCCUUCUUACUGCUAAUAAAAUUGCUGCACUUAUCGUGCGCGUGCUUGCUUACCCAUGUCACGUGAUUCAUAGCCAGUCAUACAAAGACUGCAUGCUAGUAGAGAAAAAGACGAGGAGGCAAAAGAUGGCGAUGCUUUUCCUUUUGUUUAGAGCCGGAGCUAUGGGCGGAUGCUUUGGGAAGAGGAAAGCUGCCUACUAAGCUAGCAUUAGCAUAGCAUGUGCUACCACAGUAAUCUUUGUAAUUUGCCAUUUCGAUCUACAUGCACUUGUGAUGGA